AUGGGAGGAGAAAUAAGAAAAAAGAUAAGAAACAAAGCUGCGGUGAUUGUCAAUAUAGUGGAUGCAAGACAAACAGGUAGCAAUAUCGAGACAUCCAUAGAGUACACCGGUGAUAUCAAUAAGCGGCGUGAUACCACGACGAACUGCCGAGAUAAAGUAGGGGAGGAGCGCGUGCUCCACAGAGAUUGCCAACGAUUACCGUGUGAUUCCUAUCAACUGAGCCCGCUCCCUGCACCCACCUUAUGA